AUGGCUGCUGGAAACGCUCGCAUUGGGAAGCCGGCUCCGCACUUUCAGGCCACCACAGUGGUAAAUGGCGAGUUCAAAGAAGUGAAACUGUUAAGCUACAGGGGUAAAUACGUUGUGCUGUUUUUCUACCCUCUGGACUUCACCUUUGUCUGCCCUACUGAGAUCAUCGGCUUCAGUGAACACGCAGAGGACUUCCGCAAGAUCGGCGCUGAGGUCAUUCGAGCUUCUGUAGACUCGCAUUUCUCACACCUCGCUUGGACAAAUAUUCCUCGUAAGGAGGGAAGCCUGGGACCCAUGAAUAUUCCCCUGGUGUCAGACCUGAAGCAGACAAUCUCCAGGGACUAUGGUGUCCUCACGGAGGAGGAUGGGGUUGCAUACAGGGGUCUGUUCAUCAUAGACAACAAGAGCAUCCUGCAUCAGAUUACCAUCAAUGAUCUGCCAGUGGGUCGCUCCAUACCAUAA